AUGGACCUUCAACGAGCUAUGCUAGAUGAACUCAUGGGUGCAGAUCGUAAUUUGACGGAGGAAGAGAGGAAAGAUUACAAGGAAAUAACAUGGGAUUCAAAGGAGGUUUGUGCCUAUUAUAUGGCUCGGUUUUGUCCUCAUGACCUCUUUGUCAACACCAAGAGUGAUCUUGGACCGUGUGAUAGAGUUCAUGAUCCAAAGCUGAAAGAAAGCUUUGAGAAGUCCCCAAGACAUGAUGCAUAUCUGGCCAAAUUUGAAGCUGAACUUGCUCAGAGAUGUGAGAAAUUGGUUAUGGAAUUGGAUAGAAGAGUUAGACGUGGACGAGAGCGCCUAGCUCAAGGGGAUGAACCUAUACCACCUCCUCCACUGUCAGCUGACAAGUCUGAACGAUUGUCUGUAGUGGAGGAAAAAAUAAAAAACCUGCUGGUGCAAGUGGAGGCCCUUGGCGAAGGUGGGAAAGUGGAUGAAGCUCAAGCUCUUAUGAAAAAGGUUGACGAACUUAAUGCUGAGAAAGCACUGAUACAAUCCCAGAAUGAUAAAGUAUUGGUGGUUCCACAGGAGAAAAAGAUGGCUUUGUGUGAGAUUUGUGGUUCUUUUCUAGUUGCGAAUGAUGCUGCAGAGAGAACUCAGUCUCAUGUCACGGGAAAGCAGCACAUAGGGUACGGGAUGGUCCGGGAUUAUAUCUCCGAGUACAAGGAUGCUAAAGAGAAGGCAAGGGAAGAGGAAAGACUAGCAAGAGAAAAAGAAGCUGAAGAACGGAGGAAACUGAGGGAGAAGGAAUAUGAGAGUAGGAGGAGGAGGAGUGAUUCAGGAGAUAGAGAUCGGUACCAUAGUAGAGAUAGAGAAAGGGAGCGGGACAGGCACCGAGAUCGUGAAAGAUCAAGGGAGUGGAAUGGUAGGGGUAGUCGAGAUGAUUGGAGGACUAGGAAUGGAAGAGAUGGUGGGCGGGAUAGGCACCGUGAUCGGAGCAGGUCACGUUCCCCUGUUAGACAUGGUCACCGGAAGUCACCUAGAAGUCCACAGCUCCAACGCCUUCCACGUGAUGGAAUGCCGGAUAAGCUGCUAAUGGCUGCAUGCUCUAGCCCUUGCUGGUACAACGCCAUUGAUUUGUCAUUCAUUGAGAAUUGUUGCAGCCAUGCAGAACGGUAA